AUGUGGCCAAAGAUCAAGCCGCUCAAACCGGAUCUCUCGCAGAAUCUCGAACGACAACAGCUUUACGAGAUCGAAGAGGAGAAAAAGGCUUCAUUGGCAUACCAAGGAAUUGUCUGGAAGACGGUGAAGAUCGUGACUCUGCUCUCAGUAGCCGUUUUCACGACGCUCAUUGUGUUGACUUAUAGCACCAAAUGUCUCAGGGAUCACCGCCGUUACGUCGAUGCUUUUGAGGAAUUCAAAAAUGAAUAUGAAAGAAAUUACGAUAGUGUUGAAGAGGAAAACUAUCGUUUCGAUGUUUUCGUGCGGAAUAUGAAAGAAUGGGAAGAAGAGGAGAAAAGAGUUGGCGGGGAUUUGGAUCUUGACGUCACACAGUUUGCCGAUUACACUGAUGACGAGUUGAAAAGGGUGCUAAUGUCCGAUAUGAAAGAGAUGCCGAUGGAAGGUUCAACUCUGAAGAAAUCCUAUAUUCCCGAGGGUUUCAAACGACCCGAAUCGAUCGACUGGCGUAGCUCGGGAAAAGUGAGCUCCGUGAAAGAUCAGGCUCAAUGUGGCAGUUGUUGGAGUUUCGCGACGGUGGCGAGCAUCGAAUCAGUUCACGCAAUCAAGAAAAAUCAAUUGUACUCACUUUCCGAGCAGGAGUUGAUUGACUGUGAGCACGAUCAAAAGGGAUGCAAUGGCGGAUAUCGACCAUAUGCUUUCAAAUGGAUUCAGAAAAACGGUCUCGUUGAAGAGAAAGCCUAUCCUUACACGGGAAAAGACGGAAACGAUUGCAAGCUGGCCACCAAUGGAACGAAGCGGAUCUACAUUGAUGACUACAAUAUUCUCUCGAAAAACGAAGACGCCAUCGCUGAUUGGAUUGCCUCCAAAGGACCGGCUUCUUUCGGCAUGAGCGUCACAAAGCCUCUCUUCUCCUAUCGAUCUGGAAUCUUCCAUCCAACCAAGGAGGAGUGCUCGGAAAAAUCACAUGGAUCUCAUGCAUUGACCAUCAUUGGAUACGGUUUCGAGAACGGGCAUCACUAUUGGUGGGUGAAAAACUCGUGGGGUAGCCGCUGGGGAAUCGACGGAUACUUCAAAUUGGCACGAGGCCACAACGUUUGUGGAAUGGCCGAGAUUGUCGUGGCUCCGAUCAUUAAU